CGGCGCGCGACGCACUCGGAGAUGACGCUCCCAUACAGCGACUGCUCAAGCAGCGACAGAAAACUUCACAAACUUAAAAAAUGACACAUCCAGGAGCCUCUGCUGUUUCGCUGUCGGGUUUGGGAUUGCUGCCGUUGACCUGAGCAUUUGCCCAUUUUAUUUUAAAGUUGUGCUAAAGUUGCGUUUGAAGUGUUGCACGAGUAUGAACAAGAAGAGGCGAGCAGAGUUGCUGCGACUCUCUGUCGUGGGAUAAAAAAAUCGUUUGUGGAUUAAAACGCGAAUUCAUGAGGAAUUUAAGAGACGACGAGAACGAAGACCGGGCACAGCGCUUGCACCCUCGGAACUGACUGAUCAUGGUCGCCGUGGUCCGCGCUUUCACGGUGCUGUUGCUCGGUCAGGUGUUGCUGGGAGGUGCCGCUGGACUCAUUCCGGAGAUCGACCGACGGAAAUACGGUGAUUCGGGGAGACACGCGACGGAGCGCACCGACACAACCUUCCUGAACGAGUUCGAGCUUCGUCUGCUAAAUAUGUUUGGACUCAAGCGAAAACCCACACCGAGUAAAUCGGCCGUGGUCCCUCAAUACAUGCUGGACUUGUAUCAUAUGCACUCUGAAAGCGAUGACCCGCACGCACGGCGCCCGAGGAGCGCAAUGGGGAAGCACGCGGAGCGCGCGGCGAGCAGGGCGAACACAAUCCGAAGCUUUCAUCACGAAGAAGCUUUGGAGGCACUGUCCAGUCUGAAGGGAAAAACGACACAACAGUUUUUCUUCAACCUGACCUCCGUUCCCAUCGAGGAACUUAUCGCGGCCGCGGAGCUGCGAAUUUUCAGGGACCAGGUCCUCGGCGACGCCUCCCCGAGCAACGGCACCAGCGCGGGGGGCUUCCACCGUAUAAACAUUUACGAGGUGUUCAGGCCAGCACUGGAACCCUCCAAAGAACCCCUUACUAGACUUCUUGACACCCGCUUGGUGCAGGACUCUCACACGCGCUGGGAAAGCUUCGACGUGGGCUCCGCCGUGGCGCGCUGGGCGAGUGACUCCCGGCACAACCACGGCCUCCUGGUGGAGGUGCUCCAUCCGGAGGAGACGGACAGCAACCGGAGGAGACACGUGAGGGUGAGCAGAUCCCUUCACGCUGAUGAGGACUCAUGGGCGCAGGCCCGGCCCCUGCUGGUGACGUACAGUCACGACGGUCAGGGCACCGCCGUCCUGCAUUCGAACAGAGAGAAGCGACAGGCGCGGCGAGGGCCAAAGCAGCGCCGGAAAAACCACCAGCGCACUAACUGCAGGCGGCACGCCUUGUACGUGGACUUUAGCGACGUGGGCUGGAACGAGUGGAUAGUUGCACCGCCCGGCUACCACGCUUUCUACUGCCACGGUGAGUGCCCCUUUCCGCUGUCGGACCACCUCAACUCCACCAAUCACGCCAUCGUCCAAACGCUGGUGAACUCGGUCAAUUCCAACAUACCCCGAGCCUGCUGCGUACCCACAGAACUCAGCCCAAUAUCUCUCCUCUACCUGGAUGAAUACGAGAAAGUCAUCCUAAAAAACUACCAGGACAUGGUGGUAGAGGGCUGCGGGUGCAGAUGAGAGCUAAUUCUCCCCAAUGAAGACUUUUAUUUAUGCAACAGAGCUAUUUUGGAGGAAGAAAAAUAUAUAUGAAUAUAUUUAUGUUGACCGAGAGAAAUGGGAAAAUAAAUAUUUUAAUGAGAUCGCUCACUUUUUCCAGUGGUUUUGAAGAUGUUUUUUUUCCCAUGUACAUUUCAAAACAAGUGCAAUGGCACAUGAAGUAUAAUGCUAAGAUUUUUAUGACAUAUUUAUUGCAUAACCACUUUAUUUGUAAAUGAUGUGUAUUUAUCAUGAAAAAAUAUAUGAUCUUCAUUCAGCGAGCAUCUGGAAAUACAUUAUUUGAAACAAAAAAAUAAAACC